AGUUAAAAAUAACUUUAGCAGCGUCCACAAUAAUUCCUCCCACAAGAGACUAGUCGAGUUAGAUGAGUUGACUAAAAUAAACGGCCACUCCGUUACAACCAAAUUUCGGUGACAAGUUCUGACAACAACAUGAGUAAACAUUCGCGAAGAAAAAAGGGAAAAUCCGCAAGACGCUCGCAGUCACAAUCGACCACAUCGUCCGAAAAUUUCGAAGAAGGCUUCGAUGUCACUGAUGAUGGCCCGAUCUUCGAGGUCAAAACGUCCAAAGUCAUGGGCAGAUACAUGGUUUCGCGGAAAAACCUAAAACCUGGCGAUGUUAUCCUGAGCGAAGCACCCCUUGUUAUUGGUCCUUGCACCGGCUGCAAAGUGCAAUGUUUGGGGUGCUACAAAACUCUCGAAUCGAGUUUUUGCACCAAGUGCACUUGUGGUUGGCCAUUGUGUUCGCCCAAAUGUAAAGGACUCGGGAAGAGAUUUGGCCACAGUCAAGUCGAAUGUGCGGUGCUCAAAGCCACCAAAUCGUCAAAGUUUCUCAACUAUGAUAAUUUUGAAGAAAUGCGCCCGAAUUUCAACGCGAUAGUACCUCUAAGGUGUCUUCUACUCAAAGAAACAGAUGCUAGGAGUUACCAACACUUGAUGACGAUGGAAACUCACAAUGAGAUUCGACGAAACAUUCCAGAGUUAUGGCAAACCAAUCAGAGAACAGUUGUCGACAAGAUUCGCAUUGAUUGGGGUUUGAGGGAAUACUCACAAGAGGAAAUUCACAGUGUUUGCGGCAUUUUGGAAGUCAAUUCGUUCGAAAUUGGGCAACAAGGAGUCAACAUCCGAGGGCUGUACCCUUCUGCCUUCCUAAUGUCACACGAUUGUGUCCCUAACACGAAUCACAUUGACGAAGAAAGUACCUUCAGGUUAACAGUUCGGGCCUCGACUAGGAUAGAACCUGGCGAAAUGAUAACUUUAAGUUAUGCCUACACGUUGCAAAGUACCCUAAAAAGACGGGAACACCUACUAGAAAACAAGUUCUUCGAGUGUCAGUGUCGACGUUGUAGCGACCCUACGGAACUUGGCACCUUCACAAGCGCCCUAAUUUGCCCUAAAUGCAAGGACGGGUUCGUACUCUCGUCCAACCCUUUGGACCCCGAAGCUGACUGGACUUGUUCCAAUUACAACAAAUGUCCAGGUUAUAAAAUCAGCGCAAAGUCAAUGCAACUCCUCCUAGACAAAAUAACCCAAGAAGUUGACAACAUCGACUGUAAUGAUGUUAUAACAAUGGAAACUUUUCUAAAGAAGUACCGAAACGUGCUCCACCCGACUCACUACAUCAACCUCAGUGUGAAGCUCUCCCUUAGCCAACUCUACGGUCGCAUCAACGGGUUUCUAAUCGAUGAGCUCAGCGAUGAAGUCCUAACCCGAAAACUGGAGAUUUGCGAGGAAAUUAUCAAAGUUUUCAACGUCAUAGAGCCCGGUUUUACGCGACUACGUGGAGUCACCCUGUAUGAGAUGCAUGCGCCUUUGAUGGUACUCCUGACGAGGCAGUUUGAGCGUCAUUGCACUAAGAGUGAGCUAAGGAGCAAAUUGAAGAAGGUUUUGAAAUGUUUGGAAGAAGCGAGUGUGAUUUUGGGAUACGAACCCGAGAGUUCGCCUGAAGGGAUGAUGGGGGUUGCGGCCAAGGAUGCGUUGGUUAAGAUUAGGGAUUGGGAGAAGAUUUUAGGGAGGUUUUAGUAUAAAUAAAUAGUUUUUUAAU